AUGGAUGACGAUACUGCACCGCUGAUUCCUCCAGAAUCUAGAGAUGAAGAAAGCCUAGAAGCUGAAUAUCAUCGCUACAAUCUAUCUCUUCCGAAACUACCGAUAUUGACUUCACUAUGGCUGGGAAGCUUUAUUGGUUCCCUUGAUGGUACUAUUGUUGCCAAUAUUAUGAACAGAGUAGCUGAAGAAUUUGAAGAAUCAGACAAAAAACAAUGGAUUGCCACGAGUUUCCUUUUAACGAAUACCGCUUUCCAGCCACUUUAUGGUAAACUAUCAGAUAUUACAGGCAGAAGAUUUGCCCUUUUAACAGCCCAUUUCUUCUUUGGAUUAGGUUGUCUGCUGACAUGUUUUGCACAAAGUGUGGAACAAUUUGCAUUGGCAAGAGCUAUUUGUGGUAUUGGAGGUGGCGGUAUCAAUGCCUGUAGCAGUAUCGCUGUAAGUGACAUAUGUACUGCCAAGGAACGCGGAUCUUAUCAAGGUUAUGCUAAUAUUGUCUUUGGCACAGGACAGAUGUUAGGUGGACCCAUCGGUGGACUUUUGAUAGACACGAUUGGUUGGAGAGCUAUCUUUGCAGUACAAGUACCUAUUAUAAUGUUUUGCUCAUUUUUGACAUACAAGAAUAUUACUAUUAAGCUGAGCCAUAUACCUCCAGUAUCUGAGAGGUUUACUUGGAUGAAUCUGUCACGGAUCGACAUCAUGGGCUCUUCUUCGUUGGUAGUGGUUAUAUGUGGUAUUCUAUUCAUUUGCUCUACUAAUUGGAACAAGGUCAUACUUUCCACCUUUACCAUUGUUGGGUUUUUAUUCUUCAUCGUAACAGAAACAUAUUUUGCCAAAGAAUGUAUUUUACCGCUCAAACUAUUGAAGGGAGCUUCCGGACUCUGUUCAUUGGUCACUGUUCUCUCAUCAUUUAUAACUUUUGGUGAAAUAUUCAGGGCUCCUAUUUACUACCAGGUCGUUCAGGAUAUGAGCGUUACCAAGACUGGUCUCUUUGUCCUCUUCCCGGCUGUUUCGGUGGCCGUUGGAUCCGUUGUUACAGGCACUGCUUUGAGACAUACUAAGCUAGAUUUGGGACACUACUGCUAUUUGAUUAUACUCAGAAGUAUUUUCACUCAACUAAUAGGGCUGCUUCUCGCUUAUGUAGUCAUCAAUGGUACGGAACCUACAAUUGGCGCAAGUUCUAGCACUUUUGCUGUCCACUGGUUCCAAUUCAGUAGUGACUCAAUCUGGUGGAAAAUCUUACUGGUAUCUGCAGGCUGUAUGGUCAGUUAUGGAUAUUCAGGACUCUUAGUUGCCACACUUGUGAGUAUUGUGUGUUCUGUUGAAAAAUCUGAACAAGCUACCCUGACGGGAAUUUUCUACCUCUGGAGAUCAAUUGGUAGCGUUCUAGGCACUUCGUUGACGUUAGUGAUCUAUGAAAACAGUCUAACCAAAUCAUUAUGGGGAGCCAUGUUCGGUUCGAGAAAUGAUGAUUCAUAUCACUACACAAAGAAGGAAUAUUAUAAUCUGAUUGGCGAUUCAAGUUAUUUGAGAUCACACUUCCCUGUUCAAUCCAUUGAAUAUUUGCUCAAAGCGUACAGGGGUUCGUUUCUCAUCUCAUAUCUACCCAGUAUCGGACUAGCCAUCCUCGGUAUUGUUACUUCGUGGGUGCUCAUUACAGUGAAUAGGUUUUCACGACAGAAGACAUUCUAG